AUGACGAGUUAUUUAGAUAGUUAUAAAAGUAUAUUUCUCGAUAUAAAAUUACGAGAUUUUUGGACAAUAUUUUCUUUAAUACGUAAUGAAAAACGUCUUUCAUCAUAUGAAAUUUUAACUAAUAAUUUAGUUCAAUAUUGGUCGAAAAACAAUCAUGAUACAAAUCAUUAUUAUUUACCUGUAUUAUGUGUUCGUACAGGUUUUGAUUUAUUUUUACGUGCUAAUCAAUUUCCAGCACAAAGUGAAAUAAUUAUGUCUGCAAUAAAUAUUCCAUCAAUGAUAACAAUUGUUCAAUAUCAUCAAUUAAAUGUUAUACCAUGUGAUAUUAAUUUAGAUACAUUAGAAAUGAAUAUAAAUCAUGUUAAACGUUUAAUAACAUCAAAAACAGUAGCUAUUGUUUAUGCACAUAUAUAUGGAAGAUGUGCUGAUGUAUCCGAAUUAGUUAAUUUAGCUUAUGAAAAACAAAUUUAUUUUAUUGAAGAUUGUGCUGAAAGUUUUUUUGGAUUUUGUUCUUGUUUAUCAGAAGAUAAAAAUUCGAAUCAAUCUGCUCUCGAAAUGUAUUGUCCAACAAGAAUAGAAAAUAAUAAUGAACCAUCAUGUUAUAUGGGUCAUCCACGUUCACAUCUAAUUUUAUAUAGUUUUGGUGUUUUGAAAUUUUGUACAUCAUUAGGUGGUGGUCUUGCUAAAAUAUCUGAUUAUAAUUUAUAUACAAAAAUGUUAGAUAUAUAUCGUAAAGAUCCUAUUCAAGAAAUUCAACAAUAUUCAUUAAAUGUAAAAAAAUAUUUUUAUUUAUAUUGGUUAUUAAAUGCUCCAUAUGUAAUAAAACCAUUAAUGUAUUUUGUACGUUUAUUAAAUUUAGAUCAUAUGAGUUUUGUUGUUAAUCGUUUACGUGCAUUUUCAAAAAUUCCAAAUCGAGAAGAAUUAUUUUUUUCAUUACGUCGUCAACCAUGUCGACCAUUACUUGCUUUUCUUUAUCAUCGUUUUCAAACAUAUGAUUAUAAACAAUUAGAAAUGCAAAAAGAAAAAGCAAAUUAUGUUUUAAAUAAUUUAGAAAAAUUAUCAUCUAUACAAUUAAUUGGUAUGAAUUGUAAAUUAAAAAAUUUUUGGUUAUUUCCAGUAAUUGUUUCAAAACCAGAUUUAUUUGUUCAAAUUUUAUCUAAAUAUCAUAUUGAUGCAUAUCGUGGUACAACACAAUUAAAUGUUAUUACUAAACAAUUAACUGAUACUGAUAAUAUACCAAUUAGUAUAGAUGAUUAUCAUAAAUGUCCAAAUGCUGAAUAUUUAAUUGAACAUGUUAUUUAUUUACCUGUUCAUUGUUAUGUACCAAAACAAGUUUUAAAUCAAUUAAUUGAUAUUGUUAAUAAAACAGCCAAACAAAUUGAACAAUAUCAUUUAAGAUCAAAAUUAUAA